UUUUUUAGAAGGACAUAGGCCACCGGCACCAUCUACUUCGACCGCAAAGUCAUAUCGAAGCAGCGAGAGCAGACGUGUGAAUAGCGGCUCACAUACAACAAUAAAUUAUUCCUCGUCAACAACGAGACCAGUCACAACCAUCAGACCAAAUAUAAUUAAUUUUCAACUAAACAAUAUUCGGGAAAAGCAGAAUACAAUGUGUAAGUUUAACGGAACGAAUUAUCAAUCUGGGGACUAUUGGAAACUUAAUAACUGCAGCCAAUGCAGAUGUUAUCUUGGGCAAAUUUUCUGUUCUAACAGUUCCGGCUGCAGCACGGUUGCGCCAGAGUCCGUAACCUAUAAUGGCUAUAACAACACAAGAAAUUCAGUGCCAGUGGACGCGAAUGAAGAUGAAGCCGAGCGGAGAAAAUCAAUGAACGUGCGAGUGAUUAACGUGGAAGAUACUUCAAAUAUCGUUCCAGACAUCUCCGGCUACUAUAGUCAAUUAUUAGAAGUAGGACAAGCGAGUGCAGAAAAAGGUCCAACUCCUGUAAUAUAUCAAGAGCCUUAUGUGCAAAUUGGCCCACAAGGACCACCCGGCCCUGCGGGUUCUCCUGGUCCAAUGGGUUUUACGGGAUCGAGGGGUGAGAUUGGCGAGCCAGGAUCUCCGGGAGCGACAGGACCACCUGGACCUCGUGGUUUACCGGGUCUACCUGGGAACGAUGGUGAGCCUGGAGAAGAUGGCGAAAUUGGUCAUAUGGGCUCUCAGGGCUUACCGGGUACGCGUGGCCCUCCUGGUUUAUCAGGUUUGCCAGGUAUAAAGGGUCACAGAGGUAUACCGGGAGCGGACGGCUUAAAGGGUGAGGUCGGUGCUCCUGGUGAAAAAGGAGCGAUUGGAGUGCCUGGUGCUACAGGGCUUACAGGGCCUGCUGGACCUUCAGGCUCGAGGGGUGAAAGAGGAAGGGAUGGACCACCUGGCCCGCCUGGCGUUAGAGGUGCGGAUGGAUUGACCGGUAGUCCCGGAUCACCCGGAUUGUUAGGAAAAUCAGGUCCGGUUGGAUCUCCGGGUCCUCGAGGUUCAAAAGGUGAUCAAGGUAUACAAGGACUAAAAGGAAAUCAAGGAUCACAAGGCCCUCGAGGUGAUAUCGGUCGAACGGGUAUACCCGGGGAAGCUGGACCACCAGGAGUGACAGGGAAGGAAGGUCCACGAGGAGAAAAGGGUGUACCAGGGAACACUGGCUCGAUUGGACAAUCAGGAUUCCCAGGAAUCAGAGGUCUUCCGGGACCAAUUGGCAAUGCUGGGCCACCUGGAACUGAGGGUUUACCGGGCGCACCAGGGGAGAAGGGCGGCCGAGGCGACACCGGGGUCAAGGGCGAACCUGGUUUCCCAGGAUCACGCGGUAUGCCCGGCCCAGUUGGUAACGAGGGUAAGAAGGGUAAGAGGGGCCCGAUUGGCCCUGUUGGACCACCUGGACCUACUGGCGAGAGAGGCAAUACGGGUCCAACGGGUCUCCACGGUGCCGAUGGUGCCGUCGGUCCAAAAGGUCAGCCUGGUGAACGAGGGCCAAUUGGUCCCGUCGGGCCAAAAGGAGCGAUUGGUGAUUCAGGACGACCGGGUCAACCAGGACCACAGGGAUUACGGGGAUCGCCCGGGAAAGCUGGAAACCCUGGGAAACCGGGAAAUAAUGGAGAUCGAGGACCAGCAGGCUCCAAUGGCAAACCUGGAGAGCAAGGUAUUCAAGGACCACAUGGACCUGUCGGUCCGAUGGGUCCUCCUGGUGAAAAGGGAUUUCCCGGCGAAUCAGGAGAGGACGGCGAGCAAGGCAUUCCAGGUCCUCCAGGAGGAGACGGACAGCCUGGAAUGAGAGGAAAGCCAGGUUUGCCAGGGCCGGAUGGCCCUAAGGGCGAACGAGGACCUGACGGUGUUUCAGGCCCUAAGGGUCAUCGAGGUUUCAAUGGCCUUCAAGGUAGACCGGGUCAGCCGGGAAUCCCCGGUGAAAAGGGCGCUCAAGGGCCCCUUGGGCCCUCGGGAAAGAAUGGUGAUAUUGGUGUGCGGGGGCUACCGGGUCGCGAUGGUAAUCCUGGCCUACCAGGCCAAGCCGCUAACCCCGGGCCACGUGGACCUCCUGGCGAGGAUGGCAGACACGGACCACCUGGACUACCGGGACCACCCGGACCACCUGGAACGCCGGGUGAAGUCAACUAUGGGUACGACGCUGCGUCUCUCGCUGCUUUAUUCGGCCAAGGACAAAGUAAAGGACCUGAUUCGUCGUCAUCCAUAGAUCAGCCUCCAAGGCUUUUCAGUGGACCACUCAAUGACGAAGAGCGCAAAGAUAUGCUAACUAAAGUCUACGAUCGAGUGAAAAUAUCUCUGCAAAAGCUUAUAAAACCGACAGGGGAGAAAAAUUCACCAGCUAGAACUUGUAGUGACCUAUUUGCCACUUAUCCGGAAAAGCCAAGCGGAGACUAUUGGAUUGAUCCAAAUGACGGCGAUUUUCAAGACGCUAUUUUAGUUCAUUGUGAUGCGGAAAAACGUUCUACGUGUAUUUUCGCCAGUCCAGCCAGAAGUCCAGAACUCAAUCAUCUCGGCAAAGAACAAGAACUUUGGCUAAACGAAAUUGAAAAUGCACCAAAGAUUAGCUACAAAGCAGAUAGCAACCAAAUAGGAUACUUACAAUUAUUAUCAAAAGAAGCGGAACAGAAUGUUACUUACCAUUGUAAAAAUAGUAUUGCGUAUUACGAUAGCGAACGAAAAACUUAUAGAAAGGGAUUGAAGUUCCUGACAUGGAAUGACGUUGAAUUGCUACCAAGAGGAAGCCAGAGGCUUCGGUAUGAAGCAAUUGUAGACGAAUGCAAGUCAAGAGAAGAUAAUUGGGGAAAAACUAUCAUCACGUACAAGACUGAUAAACCAUCAAGACUACCAAUACUAGACAUUGCUAUGCGCGAUGUUGGUAAACCUGAGCAACGCUUUUGGAUAGAAAUUGGAUUAGUUUGCUUCCGGUGAUGUAGAAAAUGAU